ACAACAUCCACCAUAAAUUGUUGCGCUCCUCUGUUGCGUUGACGACAAAACACACAAGAUGCGGCGCUCUGAUUUAUCCCCCUCUGGCACUUUGCUCGUGUCAUUACUAGCCAUAGCGCCCUCGUCGACAUCGGCCUUUUACUUUCCAGGCACCGCGCCAACAACCUACAAGACCGGCGACGCCGUACCAUUGUACGUCAAUCGCCUAACACCAGCUGAUUCGCAGAACGACCCGAAAAUACGAUCCGUCUUCUCGUUCGACUACUACUAUCCGCCUUUUCACUUUUGUCGCGAAAAAGAUGGGCCAAAGGAAAUCCGCGAGAGUCUGGGGAGCAUACUGUUCGGCGACCGUAUACAAACAAGCCCUUUUGAGCUGAAGAUGGCCGUCAAUGAGACUUGCAAGUUACUUUGCGAGGCUUCGUACCCGGGCACAGAUGCGGCAUUCGUGAAUGACAGAAUAUACCAAGGCUAUGAUCUCAAUUGGUUAAUAGACGGAUUGCCAGCGGCGCAGUCGUUGCGAGAGCCCGGCUCGGAUCAGAUUUUCUACCAGCCUGGCUUUGCAUUGGGCUUGGUGGAUGAGGAAAAACCCAUGCUCAACAACCACUACGACAUCGUCAUCGACUACCACGAGGCCUCGCCGGGUAACUUCCGAGUAGUGGGCGUGCUAGUCGACCCAUACUCAAUGGCCGAAUCGAAGAGACAGGGUGAUGCACAGGCUACCUGUAAUGGACAGACACCAUUGGUGUUGAAGGACAAGGACGACGACGAGAACAUGGUCGUUUUUACUUAUGGCGUAUAUUGGAGAAGCAGCCCGACUCCCUUUGCUACUCGGUGGGACAAAUAUCUCCAUGUCUACGACCCCAAGAUUCACUGGUUCUCCCUCAUCAAUUCGGCUGUGAUCGUCGUGUUCCUCGUUGGCAUGGUCAGCACGAUCCUUGUUCGUACUCUGAAGAAGGAUAUUGCGCGAUACAACCGCUUGGAUCAGUUUGCGCUCGAAGACUUUGGCGAAACAGGAGAUGCUGAUGACACCGCUGAUGAUUCUGGCUGGAAGCUGGUUCACGGCGACGUAUUCAGGCCACCAAAGAACCCACUACUUCUUUCAGUCUUGAUAGGCAAUGGAGCCCAGCUCUUUGCCAUGACAGCAUUGACCAUAGUAUUCGCUUUGCUCGGCUUCCUUUCCCCCAGCAACCGCGGUGCUCUCGGAACCGUCAUCAUCAUCUUCUACACACUCUUCGGUUUCUUCGGCGGCUACGCUGCUGCGCGCGUCUACAAAUUCUUUCAAGGAGAAUCGUGGAAACUCUGCUUCUUCUACACCCCCGUUGCUCUCCCAGCAAUCGUCUUUAGCGUCUUCUUCCUCAUGAACCUGUUCGUUUGGGGCCGCGGAGCAUCGGGAGCAGUGCCCUUCACCACAAUGCUAGUCGUUGUCAUUAUCUGGUUUGUAAUCUCGGUCCCACUCAGUCUGGCAGGUUCCUGGUUUGGCUUUAAGCAAGCUACUAUCGAACCACCUGUUCGCACCAACCAGAUCCCCCGUCAAAUCCCCCCGGCUGGAGGCUACCUGCGACCUAUUCCAUCCAUGGCGCUGGCUGGCGUACUCCCCUUUGGCGCCAUUUUCGUCGAACUCUACUUCAUCAUGAACUCGAUCUGGUUCUCAAAAGUCUACUACAUGUUUGGUUUCCUCUUCCUCUGCUUUGGCCUCAUGAUUAUCACGUCUGCUGCUGUUACUGUCUUGAUGAUUUACUUUUUGCUCUGCGCGGAAAAUUACCACUGGCAGUGGCGAUCCUUCUUCACCGCCGGUGCGAGCGCCGUGUAUGUCUUUGCUAGUUGCUUGCUCUACUGGAUCAAGGAUGUUAGUUGGACGAGCUGGACAAGUGGUGUGGUGUACCUUGGAUACUCGGCCUUGCUUAGUGCGCUAGUUUUCAUUCUCACCGGUACAAUUGGUUUCUUUGCCAGCUGGCUAUUCACACUCAAGAUUUAUAGAUCUAUCAAGGUGGACUAAAAGCUGGGUGCAGGCUUUUGCGGGGGAGUUUAUCUUCUUGAAUCAUGACCUUGUACAUGCUAGUGGAGUAUACUAAAAAGUAUAUAUUAAAUCUACUCUGCGUUGUUUACGUCUCU